GAAUAAAACCCUCCAAAAUCCUUAAUCUGUCGCUGCAAAUCCAUUGACUGCAAGAAGAGCAGCAGACAAACCUGCCGUCUAGUUUCCCUCGCAGUCACGCCUGCCGUUCUGCACAGUAUAUCUCACUCGUGCGCUUCGUCUGCCCAUCUACUGACCUUUUGUUUUUAAUUCCGAUGAUUAAUCCGUGUUAGUGCGUCUCGUGAUUGAGGUCAGUAAGUCACAUAUGAUGCACAUACGAACGAACUGAAACACUGACGCGAUAAUUUCUCACUGCGAUCGUUUAAAGCUGCAGAGAUGUCUGUCGCGUCUUUCCAGUGCCUGAUGUUAGGUUCAGUUCUCCUGGUUCUGGUGUGUGCCAGGGUUCUAAGUGCUGGUCCAGCACUCCUACCAAACCCUCUCCGCUCCCAAGGGCCGGUUCUGGAGGUUCCCGUAGGCUUUGAGGAACACGAUGAGGUCUCGAGGGAACGCAGGCAUGGCUUCAUGGAGAGUUCUCAGGAGAGCUCCGGGUUCUUUAGUGAAGACAGUGAGGAUGGCAAGAACGCUCGUAUCGAGACCAAAGACACCAGCAUUGACCCAAGUGCCAUGAAUGAGCGCUGUCUGAUGCCCAAGAAGGUGGGACCUUGUCGUGGGGCGCUCCCUCGCUGGCACUUUAAUCCUGUCACUAAGAAAUGCGAAAACUUCAUAUUUGGGGGCUGCAGAGAAAACCGCAAUAACUUCCUGUCCCUGGAGGAGUGUGCCAAAGCUUGCCACACAGUCCCUGAUUACAGCCCUUCAUCCCCUGAACCACCAUCUUUGCCACUUUCUUUGAGCCAAAAGCCAACUCAGAUGAAUUUCUCUUCCUCAUUGUUCGUUCCUCCGACUGAGUCAGUCGACCCGGAGCAGUGGGAGAGUGAUUCAGAAUCGAGCGGAUUCCCUCUCCACCCCUUCUCCGGGCCGUCAAUCGCAGAUGCUGAAGACCACGCCCUCUCCACAGCCACGCCCCCCAUCGUCGGACUGGCCCGUCAGAACCAGCCAGAGGCCACAGCUGAGCCUGACAGGCGCCUGACAUCCGACGACACGUUUGAUGAUCAGAGGGGCCAUGCUGUAACACAAGCACCCACGGCUCCUGAAAUCGGGCCCCUGCCGAGCCUGGAGCCCCUGCAGCCCGACAAAACACACCAGGAUGAUUCUGAGGAAGAUGAGGAUGAGGAAGAGGUAGUGGAUUUUCCCACCGAUCCGGCUGAGGAGGAAGAGGACGAAUGGCGGUACCUCACGCCGUUCACAUCCAGACCCUCGUCCUCCCCCGCUUCAGAUCUGCCGCCCGUGGUCUUCACCAAAACCGCCUGGCAGGGGGCGCCGCUAACCACAACAGAGGACGAGGAGGGGGCGGAGCUUCGUCACGGCGGCAACGAAUAUCUCGGCGAAACGGAGCUGCACGACUCAGAGCUGUCCCAGGAGGCCGAGCAGGUGAUUUGUGUCGACUGGAGCAACCUUGCAGGAAAGGGCUACGUUAUACUCAACAUGACGGACAACUUUGACUGCGACGAGUUUCGUAUGGAGAGGGGCGACAAACUCCUGGAGAUGCUAGAAAACACAUUCUCCAGAAAGAGGAACAUCCCACAAGGCUCCUGGCUCAUUUUCCUCAGCAAACCCACACAGCAGGACCACCAGCUUCUGAUGGCCUUAGCCAGCGAGCAGGAAAUUAUCCCUCCAAAAGACGUCAUGUCAAUGUUAGGGGAAAUCACAAGAGGUCUAAAUGAGAUUGGAAUUCAGAAUUUUUCGACCGUGAACACGUGCCACUCGAGGCCCAGUCAGACACGUAGCGACUACGGAAAGCUGUUUGUUGUUCUAGUGAUCAUCGGAUCUGUUUGUGUGCUCAUUAUUGCUUCUGGAGUCAUCUAUAUCUGCUGGCAGCGUCGUUUACCCAAACUCAAAAACAUGUCGAGAGGCGAAGAGCUGAACUUUGUGGAGAACGGUUGCCAUGACAACCCCACGCUGGACGUGACAAGCGAUAGCCAAUCAGAGAUGCAGGAGAAGAAACACAGUGCCAAUGGGGUGACAGUGGGCGGGGAUGGAGGAAACGGUUGGCAGGUGCUCGUCAAUAAGCCCGGGAAAACCGAGGAAGACAACCAAGAGGAAGACACGCACCUUUAAUUAAUCGCGGGAAAACAAUCAGAAAAAAAAACCGGCAUGAGAAAGCAGUAUGGCAUUACAGACUAAGAGGGCACAAAACAUUUUCAAGCUUUUCGGAAACAUCUGCUGUAUAAAAUGUGAUGUCUUUUGGCUUGUAUGAUGGUUUUCUUUAUCUGCAUUACUAAAUUCAGGCGGGACUAAAAAGAACGCUUUAAAGCGUGAUUUGUAUGAUAUGGGGAACUUUUUAAUGCAGAAUUUAUUUAAAUUGAAUGUGUCAAACAAUCAAAACUAAGUUUGAAUUUUGGGGGGAAAAGUUUCUUGCACUGUUAAAGCAAUAGUUAAACCCGAAACGUAAAAAAUAUGUCGGUAAUCUCACACACGUAGUUCCAGAUUUUCUGCCAUUUUUUCUCUUCUGUGAAAAAAAACCGAAAAUUUUGAAGUAUCUUCACAACAGUUAGUUUACACUAAGAAUAAAAUGUGAUAAAUGUAAUUUUUUGGUAAGAUAACGAUGGCCAAUGCUCAAAACCUGAUGCAAUCUUUAGAAAAAGUUCUACGGAACUGUAAGAUUUGUAAAAAUCUUGUUUUAAAAAAAAUGGCAUACAGGUUUGAAACGGCUUUGUUAAAUUACGAAAUUUAGUACAGGAGAGAGGGAAAAAAACAUUAGUGUACUUGAAGACUUGAAAUGACUUGAAAGAGAUUGUACCAAGGUUUUUUGAUGUUGUUUUCUCGAAGAUGUAGACACUAUAAUCAGUCAUUCUCUGAUUUACUUAUUUCAAUGCAAGUAUUAGCAGUUAAGCAGUCUGCAUAUUGUGUUUUUACAUGCUGAAUGCUGGAUGGACGCCUGCCUUGCUCCUUUAUUGUGCAUCAGAAUGGCUGCUCCUUACUGGAUUAUGUCGCUUUUAAGGUUUUUAUAUAUAUAUUGCACCUUUAACGUUGCUCAGCACCAACGGCCUCCAAAGCAUAACAAGAUUCUCCUUACAAAAGAAUCUUUCAUAUAGAAAUGUGUCGAAUGGAGCUAGCUAACGAUUUCUUUAAUGUUUUCAGUGCGCAUUGAAUUUAAUCUUUUAAACGCAAAGUAAACGGUGAUCACAAUCAAAAAAUAGUGUUAAAUCAGCUCUCAUAGUGAUGAUCUUGUUUAUGGUACAGUAUAUGUGUCAAAGAACAAACUUAAUUGUCGCCAUAGAAAGUCUUUUCUUUAUUCAUUUCAAGUGCAUGAAACAAUGUAGUAUAAGUCUAUGCACAUGUCAGGGGUCAACUGAUUGUACACAAUUUAGCAAACGUGAACCGUUCAUGUUUAACAAGAUUUAAAUGGUUAGUAGCCUACUCCAGAACGCUCUAUAUAACGUACAUGCAUUAUUGUUUGUUUCUAAAGCCUUGACGUAGGAGAGUUUGACGCCAGUGUAGAACGCUGUUGAACGCUUCUGUUUUGUACCUUUAGUGUCCUGGUACGAGAGCUAUUAGCAUAUUUGCACUUUUUCCAUUUUGAUUUUGUACCUCAAACUGCUUUAUGUAUCUGAUUGUAAGGAGAUUUUGGUCUCGUUGUUUUCUGGUAAUUUUGUGUUAUCUCACCUCUUUAAAAAAAAAGCUAAAUAAAUGUUUUGAGAAGU